GUUCUAUUCUACACACGCUACUUCUCGAGAGCUAUACUCAUCUUCACACCCCGAUCUGACUUAUCCAACAUGGCCUCUCAAGACAUCGAAUCCCCCAAGGUGUACGUUCCCGCUGAGGAGGCACACGCCUAUGCACGGUCCCUACUCGUCGCAAACGGAGUCCCAGAAAACAACGCCGAGACCAUCGCACGAUGUCUGGUGGAAGCCGACCUCCGCGGCGUCGACACUCAUGGCAUCAAUCGACUGCCCUCAUACAUGAAACGUCUUCGCCAGGGUGUGAUGGACCCCAAAGCCUCACCCACAGUGGAGACUAAAACCCCUGUCGUGGCUAUGGUCGAUGGGAACAACAGCUUUGGAUUCCUCGCGUGUACUGCUGCCAUGGACUUUGCGAUUUCCGCGGCAAAGACAUACGGGAUAGGGAUGGCCUCUGUCAAGCAUUCCAAUCACUUUGGCAUGGGUGCGUGCUAUGCCCUUCAGGCCGCCAGAGAAGGCAUGAUGAGUCUUGUCUUCACCAACUCUUCCCCUGCGAUGGCAGCAUGGGGUUCAAAGGAGAAGAUUAUCGGUGUCUCACCCCUUGCCUGCGGCGCACCCGGUGGAGUCGAGAAACCUUUUAUUCUGGACAUGGCGCCAUCAACAGCCGCCCGGGGAAAGCUUUACAAGGCUGUCAGAAGAAGUGAAAAGAUCCCUCGGGACUGGGCGCUCGACGCUGAUGGCCACCAGACUGAUGAUCCUGCUGCUGCAUUGAAGGGUGUCAUGCUGCCCAUGGGCGGACCGAAGGGAUCUGCUUUGGCAAUUAUGAUGGAUGUCUUUUCCGGUGUUCUUUCUGGAUCCGCAUUUGCGGGUAACGUCUGUGGACCGUAUGAUCCUUCUCGCGUGUCUGACGUUGGACAUCUCGUGAUCGCUAUCAAGCCCGAUCUCUUCCUGACUAUUGAUGAAUUCAAAGAUCGUAUGGACUUCUUAUUCAGGCGGGUCACCCAGUCGGAAAAGGCACCAGGCACAGAACGAGUCUUCUUCCCAGGUGAGAUUGAGCAGCUCAAUCAGGAAUCCAGAGAGAAGACCGGUAUUCCUUACGUGGAGGAUGAGAUCCGAACCUUGAAUGAGGAGGCCCGUUUGGUCAACUCAAAGGAACUCCGAAUUUAGUCGAGCGUUUUCUUGAACUUAAUCGAAACUCGUAUUGGGCUGCCUGCCUUAUAUGAGCUAGCGAUGAUGCGAUAAUGCUUCCCUAGAGACGAUUUGGCAUCUUUUGCUUUUUGCAUAUUUCCAGUUAGCGUGAAGCCACCCUCGGUGGCUAUCUUGAAAUGUAC